GGGAGGCCACGGGCACAAUUGGCGACAUGGAAUCUGCUCUAUCACCCGGGCACUGCCAUGCGGCCUACUGGCGGAGGGCUCUCUACGUGCACCAACAUGAUUUUGUAAUCAGAAUAACCUUAUCAAACGAUAAGUACCAAGUGAUUAAGCUGCCAUUAGGCCUUCAUGUGGAAACUGAUGAACCGGAACAUUACCUAGGAAAGUCAGAAAAAGGGGUGUACUGUGCAUUACUCUACGGCAACAAUCGUCUUGGACUUCGGAUUUGGUUCCUCGACGAAACAUGCGGCCAGAUGGAGUGGCUCCUGAAACGUGACAUCAAACUUGGGAAUCUACUUGCAAAUUUUCCUUGGAAAUAUGGUGACAGGUCAUGGACUAUGCAAUAUGUUAACGAUGAAGAUGCCAAGAGCGUGGCACCAGCAGGACAAUUUGAAUCGGACUACUCUAACAAAGAUGAUAAUGGCAUCGCCACCGAAUAUACCGUUUCUUUACUCGGAUUUCAUCCUUACAGAGAGAUCAUCUUCUUCCGUACAUCCUUCGGAAGAGCAAUGGCUUAUCACUUCAAUAGCUCAGAGAUUGUAGACAUGGGUUAUUUGCAAGGAAAGGGCCCUCAUGAUUGCGUAGGUGGAUCCUUUCCAUACACCCCGUGUCAGAUGGGGGAGCUGUCAAACAACAUGUAAUUUAGAAAUACUACUAGAAUGUCUGUGCGUUGGCACG